AUGCCCGGACUCACCCUUGUUCCUACCCACGACCACGGCCACGACCACGGCCACGACCACGGCCACGGCCACGGUCUGUCCUUUGAGCCCUUGGCCGACAACGUCCGGCAGUCUUCACGGAUCGGGGCCGAAGUGCAUCUCCCGGCGUCGAUGCCCUUGUUGGACGUGUCGCAGCUCACCGAGGCCGACAAGGACGUGCUGCGUCAAGCCCUCUUCGAGAACCAGGUCGUGGUCAUCCGGAACCAAAGGGGCAUCGACCCUACUCUUCUCCCGCAACUGGCCAAAGUCUUCGAUUCCACCGCGUCGGAUGUUCACUCGGCCGGGCCCAAGGCGGUCAGUGACCCCAAGAAUAUCUUGUCCGCCUACAAGGCUGGCCGGAUCCCUCGCGCUCCGCAGGUCGGCAUUAUCGGCAGUGGCAGGUUCAAGGAUUAUGAAGGCAUCGCCGACCUGGAAGUGGUGCAUUUGGAUCAUACCCUCUUCCACGAAACUCCGCUCUCCCAGCACGAGCUUGAUCAGGGCUACACCCGUCCUUACCGCUGGCACAUGGACACGCCAUUUUACGAACGCCUCCCUGGAGAAGUGACCAUUCUCCACGCAGUCCAAGUGCCCGAGUUGGCCAAACAGAAGUUGAAGUUCCCCAAUGGUCCCGACAAGGAGAUAGCUGCGGGAGCAACUGCAUUCUUCUCAGGAGCCCGGGCUUUCGAGCUUCUCGACGACGACGAAAAGGAAUUCGCGCUCAACACCACGGUGACGUAUGCGCCACAAGCUUACGAAUAUAUUCGACAAUGUCGGGCCACCGAAGACGGUCUGACGAUCCCAACCGUGGGAAGAGAGACUCCAGUCGAUGAAGUGUCGGAAUGGUCGUGGGACAAGGUGGCUGAGCAUCCUAUGGUCUGGCGCAACCCUCUCGAUCCCCGCCCUUUUCUCCAAGUCCACGGCUGCUGCGUCUACAAACUCUGCACGCGCGACCCGGCCAGCGGGCAAGUGCGGGUGGUCGACGACGUAGCGCAGGUGCGCAAGAUCGUCUACGGCUUCCAGAGGAGGAUCUGGGCGGCGGAAAACAUCUACGCCCACGACUGGAAGGAAGGCGACUUGGUCAUCUUCCAUAAUAGGGGGGUCAUGCACAGCAUCACGGGCCAGUUGGCCCAGUAUCAGUACGGAGAACAUCAGCGGAGAUUGCUGUGGCAGUGCACCAUGACCAGUGGCAAAGCUCCCGAAGCGUAUAGGAAAUAUGCUGGGGUCAACGAGACGGGGUUUGCGAAGAUCUGA